CCAUUCCAAAACCUAACGCCAACCAUCUCUUUUUAAAAUAAGUGAUAAGAGGAGGAAAGCGAUAAAACAUUGGGCAAAGGCUUUUCAAAUCCCGUGUACUAAGACAUUCACAUGUCCUUAGUGUAGUGUUGGCUGGUGGUGGAGUGUUGUGAAGGCGCAGUGCCGGUCCACACCGCGACUCGGCUGGGCGAACCCGCGAUUGAUUUCCACACGAGUGCGUUUUACGAAAUUGUUGUGCAAGUAUGCUGACCACUGCGGUGAUCCUGUUAGCGCUGCAGCUCGCUACAGCCGAAAUACCUCCAUACAUAAAAGUUUGUCAACGGAGCGACCCAAAUGUGGACAAAUGCAUCAUAAACUCCGUAGAAGAACUGCGACCGAAAAUGAUUAAAGGCAUACCCGAACUUGACGUGCCAGGUAUUGAACCCUUGAGUCUAGGCCAAAUAGCGCUCGCUCGUGGGCCUCAAGGUGCCAAGUUAACUGCCGUCGUCAACGACGUAAAAGUUAGGGGACCCAGCAACUUUAUCAUACAGGAGCUAAAGUCAGACUUAGAUAGAAACCGGUUUGAUUUCAAACUUCUACUACCUAGACUCGACUUUGCGGGGAAGUACAAGAUGGAUAUACAAGUACUGCUCUUGAGAUUGCAGGGAAAGGGCAAUAUAACAGGAUCUUUCACGGACGACUUCCCACAGUGCAAGCGAAAUGACCCAGAAUUAGAUAAAUGUAUUUUAAAAGCAGUUGAUGUAGUGAAGCCGAGACUACUAAAUGGCAUUCCUGAAGUAAACGUACCGGCCUUGGACCCUUUCAAUGUGCCAACAUUGAAGCUGGACAGAACAGCCUCUAACUUAAGGCUGAAGGCUACCAUUAAGAACAUGAAGGCGUUCGGCGGAUCUAACUUUAAAAUUGAGAAAAUGAAGUUGAACCUCAACAACAAGUACGUGGGUGAAGUGAAACUGACAAUCCCACAGUUGGAGGUGACGGCUGAGUAUGAUGUGCGCGGCUCCAGAAUUCUGACGCUCGACAUAAGCGGCAAAGGAAAAUUCAGAAGCAAUUUCACUGGAAUAACUGUAGUAGCUAAGGGUAGCGCCAAACCAAUUGUCAAAGAUGGCGUCGAAUAUUUACAAGCUGAGAAAAUGAUAACCAAACUCAGGAUCGGCAAUGGACAAGUAUUCAUCGACGACACUGAAAGACCUGUGGCUGCAUCAUCAGCUGCCGCUUUCUUCAACGCCAGCCCAUCAGUUGUUCUGGAUAUCCUCAACCCUCUCAUCGAAGAGAGCAGUGCUGCCAUCUUUAAAGCCUUUUUCAACAAAAUUUUCGGAACAAUACCACUAAAUGAAAUUUUAGUUGUUGAUGCGUAAUAUUUAAUCUCAAAUGAUAUUUGAUUGUUUUUGAUCAAGUAUGAAUUUUAUUAAGUAAAGUAAAACUUUUUUCUUCGGUACUGGCAACAUUUGUAAUGCCAUAUUUAAAACCCAAAACACUAUUUGAUGUUUUGUCUUUUAUUUAUUUCAUUGACUUAAUACCUGAUAAAGUUAUUGGUAAUGCUAUUUGACUUAAUUUAUUGAAAAUGUGAUAAUUUUGUUUAACAUAUUUUAUCCAAGUCGUUGUGUAUAGUUUUAAUUUAGUAUAGGUUAAG